AUGUCCUCCUUCGCUGCGCUCAUGGCGCUCAGCGCCACCCAGACCCGCCAGUCCGAGGCAGCCGUGCAGAAUGCGCUGGAGAAGGAGCGCAAGGAGCGCGAGAUGGAGGCGAAGCUCCGGCUCAAACGCCUCGAGGAGGAGAAAAGGGAGCAGGAGCGACAGGCCCGGGUCGAGCGCGAGCGCGAGGCGCGGGAGCGCGAGCUGCAGCGGCGCGAGGAGGAGGAGCGCGCCCGCCUGAUGCACGGCCCGAAGCGCGCGGCGCGGACGGACGGCAACGGUGCGCUGACGCGCGAGGAGAAGCGCAAGCGGCGGAUGGAGCUCGAGAUGCGCCAUGGCCUGGGCAGCGCGCGCCGCGCGAACUCGGCCGGCGGGUACGCGAAGGCGGGCAGGCGGCUCCCCGGCGGCGCGAUGGACAUCACGACGACGAACACGGGCGCGCUGUCUGCGGACGGGAAGAGCACGAUGUCCGUGCGGCAGCGCCUCGCGCAGGCGCCGGCCACGCUCAUCAAGCUCAACGUGAACAAACGGGAUACGCGGACGAUUGACGAGAUCCUGCAGGACCGGGCGAAGGCGAAGGCGAAGACCCUGCAGGGCGACGAGGCGAAGGAGUUCAAGGACUGGUUUGGGAAGGCCAAGGAGACGAAGGCCGUCUCGCAGGUGGAGUCCGCGUCGACGUCGCGAGCGAACACCCCCGCAGGCAUCGGCCAGAAGACAGGCCUGCAGAGGACGCAGAGCGGUUCCCAGCAACCUCGCCCCGCUCCUACUCCAAAGUCUCCUCGUCUCAACGACCGGCCGCAGUCAAGCCGCUUCCCACCAAGUCGGUAUCCUCCUCCGGUUCUAGGACACCUGUGCCCGCUGGCAAGGCGACCGCGGCCACCCUAUUCCCAAGAAGCGGCCCCGCUCUCCUUCGAUGGCCUCUUCACGAAGCACGUCGCCGCCGCCGCCAAAGAAGCGCGCCGGGUCCUCCCAGAACGACAUCAGCUCCAGAUCUGGAGCCUCUUUGGCAAGGACCGCUCUCGCUAUGUCGUUGCAGAUGUGAUGAGCGACGACGAGGACAUGGAGGCGGGCGCAAGCGACCUCGAGAGGGAGGAGAAGCGAAGUGCACGCAUUGCUCGGAAAGAGGACGAGCUCGAGAAGGAACAGGAAAGGCGUCACGAAGAAGAGAACGGCGCAAGCGGAAGGAGAAGGACCGCAGGGUGCAUUUAUGCACCGUCCUCCAUCUUGAACCUCUUCCUCGGUCCCUCCGGCCCAAACGGACCACCCCCACCAGCGCCGCCCUGCAUGAACGCGGGGUUGAAGUGUCCCUGGACGUUCCCAAACCCGCCGCCUCUGCCGCCCAUUGGCAUCAUGCCCAUUCCUACACGGUCAUACAACACGGAUCAGUCACCACGUCACAAGUACAGGAAACGGACAUCGUCCUAG